AUGAGAUUUCACGAUAGUAUACUUAUCUUCUUUUCUUUGGCAUCGCUUUAUCAACAUGUUCAUGGUGCAAGACAAGUCGUUCGUCCAAAGGAGAAAAUGACUACUUCAGAAGAAGUUAAACCUUGGUUACGUACGGUUUAUGGAAGUCAAAAAGAAUUAGUCACUCCUACGGUCAUUGCCGGUGUCACUUUUUCUGAAAAACCAGAAGAAACACCAAAUCCAUUGAAACCUUGGGUAUCUUUAGAGCAUGAUGGUAGGCCAAAAACCAUUAAACCAGAAAUCAACAAAGGUCGAACCAAGAAGGGAAGACCUGAUUACUCAACUUACUUCAAAACGGUAAGUUCCCACACAUAUUCUUAUGAAGAAUUGAAGGCUCACAAUAUGGGCCCUAAUGAAGUUUUUGUAGAAGAAGAGUAUAUUGAUGAAGAUGACACCUACGUCUCCCUGAAUCCUAUUGUCAGAUGUACUCCUAAUCUUUACUUCAAUAAAGGUCUAGCAAAGGAUAUCCGCAGUGAGCCAUUUUGUACCCCUUAUGAGAAUUCUAGAUGGAAGGUUGACAAGACUUACUUCGUUACUUGGUAUACAAGAUUUUUUACAGAUGAGAAUUCCGGUAAAGUUGCUGAUAAGGUUCGUGUUCAUUUGUCCUAUGUUAAAGAAAACCCCGUAGAGAAGGGCAAUUAUAAAAGAGAUAUCCCUGCAACUUUUUUCUCUUCCGAAUGGAUUGAUAAUGACAACGGUCUAAUGCCGGUUGAGGUCAGAGAUGAAUGGCUGCAGGACCAAUUUGAUCGUAGGAUCGUUGUAUCAGUUCAGCCAAUAUACAUAUCAGAUGAAGAUUUCGAUCCACUACAAUACGGUAUUUUAUUAUACAUCACUAAGGGUUCAAAAGUGUUUAAGCCUACUAAGGAGCAACUGGCUUUAGACGAUGCAGGUAUAACAAAUGAUCAGUGGUAUUAUGUUGCAUUAUCUAUCCCUACUGUCGUGGUGGUAUUUUUCGUCUUCAUGUACUUUUUCUUAUAUGUCAACGGGAAAAACAGAGAUUUCACAGAUGUUACUAGAAAAGCUUUAAACAAGAAACGCCGUGUUUUGGGUAAGUUCUCGGAGAUGAAGAAAUUCAAAAACAUGAAAAAUCACAAGUACACCGAAUUGCCAUCUUAUAAGAAAACCAGUAAACAAAAUUAG